UGUCAAUAAGAAUUGCAGUACGAGUGUUAAGCAAGCAGGGCCUGGUAGUCUAAUGCAAAAUUAAGUUUCUUUAUCUCCAUCUUCUUUAUAGUGUCAAAGAUUUGUUGCAGACAUAAAAAGAGAAGGCGUUCUAUUUUGUGCAUCUGUCAGAAAAACAAAAAAAGAAAAUGAGCCUCAAAAUCAAUAAAUUAUGGCUUCCUCAGUGUCUUCAGCUUCUUUUAUGUCUAUCCUUGGAAGUAUAUCCUUCCAGAGGAUCUGAUACCAUCUUUCCAGGCCAAUCUCUAUCCGGGAAUCAAACACUGACUUCUAAGGAGGGAAACUUCGAACUUGGUUUCUUCAGACCAGGUAACUCUUCAUACCAUUAUAUUGGUAUAUGGUACAAAAACCUGCCCAACCAAACAGUAGUUUGGGUGGCAAAUAGAGAGCAACCUGUCUCUGACUUAUCGAUCUCAGCACUGAAGAUUUCUGAGGAUGGAAACUUGGUCCUACUCAACCAGUCAAGAAAUGCACUAUGGUCGACUAAUUCUGUUUCAAAGUCUUCUAAUUCUACCAUAGCUAUACUUCUUGACAAUGGAAACUUUGUUGUAAGAGAUGCAUCAAAUUCAUCGAUGGAUGUACUGUGGCAGAGUUUUGAUCAUCCAACAGAUACUUGGCUUCCAGGUGGGAAGCUUGGAUAUAAUAAGCUCACCAAUCAAAGACAAUUCCUUGUUUCCUGGAGAAGCCUGCAAAAUCCUGCACCUUCACUCUUCUCACUCGAGAUAGAGCAAAAUGGAACAAGCCAUAUAUUGAUGUGGAAUGGAUCUCAAAUGUACUGGACCAGUGGGGUUUGGACAGGAAAGAUUUUCAGCCUUGUGCCUGAAAUACAGUUGAAUUACUAUGUCACAAACCUGACAUAUGUUUCAAAUGAGAAUGAGAGCUACUUUACAUAUGCUUCUGCUAUCCCUUCUGCUUUUACUAGGUUCAUGAUUGAUUCUGGUGGGCAGCUCAGACAAUUUGUAUGGCGCAAGAACUUCCCUGAUUGGGCACUGUUUUGGACAAGACCAACACAGCAAUGUGAGGUCUAUGCAUAUUGUGGAGCUUUUAGUGUCUGCAAUCAGCAGAAAGAACAUCUUUGUUCUUGUAUUCAGGGAUUCGAACCAAAAACACGAGAAGAUUGGGAGAAGGAUGAUCAUACUGAUGGGUGUGUGGGGAAAACUCCUUCAAAAUGCGAGGGUGGAGGAAAGGGCACAUUUCUAUUGAUGCCUAAUAUGCGCCUUCCAUUGAAUCCGGAAUCCAAAGCAGCUGAGACCAUUGAAGAAUGUGAAGCAGCAUGCUUAAACAAUUGUUCUUGCAAUGCUUUUGCGUAUGACAAUGGGUGCUUGACCUGGAAAGGAAACCUCUUCAAUCUACAACAACUCUCCUCUGCUGAAGAGACUGGAAGAGAUAUCCAUCUCAGAAUUGCCUCAUCUGAAUUUGUAAAGACUAGGGGUAAAGGAAAGAAAAAGACAACUCUGGUUGUUCUUGUAUCUGUAGCAGCAUUCUUUGUUUGUUUUAGCCUUGUCCUGAUAAUUGUAUGGAGGAGAAGAUUAACUAGUACGUAUAAGGUAGUGGAGGAUUCUUUGAUGCUGUUCAGGUAUAAAGAGUUGAGAAGCAUGACGAAGAACUUCUCCGAAAGACUUGGAGAAGGAGGAUUUGGAACCGUUUACAAAGGGUCAUUGCCAAAUUCAAUUCCCAUAGCAGUAAAGCAACUCAAAAGUCUGCAGCAAGGGGAGAAGCAAUUCUGCACAGAAGUGAAAACAAUUGGAACAAUCCAGCACAUCAAUCUUGUCCGGUUACGCGGAUUUUGUGCUGAAGCUUCAAAAAGAUUCUUGGUCUAUGAUUACAUGCCAAAUGGUUCUCUAGAAGCACUUCUAUUUCAGAAGGCUGCAAAUACUAUACUAGAUUGGAAGAGCAGAUUUCAUAUUGCAGUAGGAACUGCAAGAGGAUUGGCUUAUCUACAUGAAGGGUGUAGAGAUUGCAUCAUACAUUGUGACAUCAAACCUGAGAAUAUUUUAUUAGAUGCAGAAUUCAACCCCAAGGUGGCUGAUUUAGGCCUAGCAAAGAUCAUCGGCCGUGACUUCAGCCGUGUUCUAACAACCAUAAGAGGAACUAGAGGCUACCUUGCACCAGAAUGGCUUUCAGGUGAAGCUGUUACUCCGAAAGCUGAUGUUUUCAGCUACGGAAUGCUGCUAUGUGAAAUUAUUUCAGGAAGGAGAAACAGUGACGGCUAUAACAUUGGAUUCGAUAAUUACUUCCCCUUCCAGCUUUCCAAUAUAAUUAGCAAAGAAGAUGAAAUCGUUACAUUGUUGGAUGACAGAUUGGAAGGUAAUGCAAAUAUAGAAGAGCUAAACAGAGCUUGCAGAGUUGCUUGCUGGUGCAUUCAAGAUGAUGAAAAAGACAGACCAACCAUGAAGCAAGUUGUUCAAAUUCUAGAGGGAGUUUCUGAAGUAAACAGGCCAACAAUUCCAAGAUUUUUGCAGCAAUUUGCUGAAAGUCCAAAAGAAACCAUGAUUUAUCAGAAAACUUCUCUUAGUUCAGAUUGACGCGUUUGAGUUAAGAGUCUUUUUUUUCCUUUUCUUAGAGUUUCAGGGAAUCUAAUUCAAAUAAAAUGGUGGCGCCGCCACGCAGCUUCUCUGAACCUUUAUUAUAGAAAUUUUCCUUUUCUGUUCCUGAUUCCAAGUUCACCAAACACAAAAGUUAACAUCCUUAUUGCAUUUUGAGAUUCUAGUGAUUUAUUAAAUCUUUUUGUCGUAGAGCCCAGUUCAGACUUGUGAUUUGGAAAUUAACUCUGUUAAGUUUAAGCUUCAGGAUUUCCUCAGGUUUAUGCCAAAGUUGUGCCUUCAGUUAUAAAAGCUGCUGUUUCUUUUACCAAAAAUACAACACAUAUUUAAUAAUGGACGGUGGCGCCAAUCGCCAAACGACAAGAAAUAACAUAAUUCAU